AUAUAUGUGUGUGUGGUUUAACAGUUUUUCCCACCAUUUUUUGCCCUCAUGCUUUGUCAGUUUAAUAUAUGGGUGUUGUCGCCCCCUGUUCACCGGCUAAUGUGAGUUCAAAGCGGCAUUUUGCUUCCAUGGCAACAUGUAAACACACCCAGAAAAUGUGCAAAUAAAUACGUAGAAUAAAAAAUUAAAAAAUAACAAACAUUCGCAGACCACAGGUUAGACUGUUGUUUUUUUCUUUCUUUCUCACUUUCUCAAAGAUUUGUACAUUUACACAAUCUGUUCGAUAGUUAAAUAAAUGCUAUUGCUUUUGUUUGUUUGUUUUUCAUAUGAAGGAUGCAAGAAUAACUUCUUAACAUUAGUGAAAAUGAGCAAGGCAUUAGAUAAAAUCACUCUAGCAGAGUCGUUCAUGCAGUUCCAAAUUCAGGUUAAAAGAAAAGAAUUCCAAGAUUUUAAGGAAGAGCUUCACCAACUAGAAGACAAGAAGCAAAGGCUUAUGAAGCUGCAGGAGCUGCUGAGAGAGGAGCAGAGGGGUCAUGUGCAUGAAUUGAAUAAUCAAUUGAAGGAGCAAGAGAGGACCCUUGAGCAGACACAGCUGGAAUAUAAAGAUCAGGUGGAGAGCGCUGUCCAAAGCGACCAAGAGCUGAAAUGCAAGCAUGAGAAAGAACUAGAAGGUACUAGAGUGACAUUAACAAAGUUUCAAGCAUGGAUGAAUAGAAGAGACCUGCACUGUCAGCUUGCAAGGCUGCAGGUGCAGGUGGAGGAACUGCAUGCAGAGAGACAGGAAUGGCUGCAGUAUCAGAACAAGGGCAGCAUGGAAAACCAGCAAAAGAUCCAGAAACUGGGGAAAGAUAUUGCUUCAACACAAAGCAUAUUCCAGGAGGUGUCAGUUCUUGGACUUAUGCAUCAACUACCCAUGUACAGUAGGCCCUACUUACGACUGAGGAAAGAAUAUGUGUCUUUUUCAGAAUACUUUCAGAGAUCUCUGACAGAGGCUGUUGAAGAAAUUGACAAAAAGACAGAACAGGCUUUUGAUGAGACUAUGCAGCUGGCUGUUGAGAGAGCAAUUGAAAACCAGGGCAAUCACCAUAAAUGGAGCAUCAAACUAUUUGAUUGCCUGAAAAAAGAGAUUGCCAUCUAUGUUAAGGAGGUCUCAGUAUUGGAAUCCACUGUCCAGCAAUUAGAAAAUGAGAACUUGGAACUUGUGAAUAAGCUUUUACAAGACCGCCUGGAUGAUGCCCAGAUCAGCCUCGGGAAUGCAUUUCAUGCACAUAUUGCAAGGCUUGGGUACUUUGACAUCCAUAUGGACGAGGCCAUAAUGAAAAUAAACCCAGAGAAAACACCAGAGUUGGUCGGCAGACCCCCGUGUCCCCUCCAGCCCCUUGCGGAAGCCGAGGGGGCUCAACAGAAAAGAGAUGGCACCGAUUCUGGCAGCAUGACCCCUUCCACCGCACUUGACCUCAGCAAAAUACUCUACAGCAGUGAGGCUAAUUUCAUGGAGCGGUUGCAUCUGGGCUCAUUGGAGCAGAGGAUGCUGUGUGUGGUAGGUAAGGCUGCUAACAUGCACCCACCACCAUCGGACCUCCAGGAUCUGAGCGAGGAGAUGCCCUUUGGCUUGUCCCAAACUGAGAAGUGGCCUGUUACCUCACAGAUCAUCCAGGAAUUUCAAAAGCCACAAACAUCAACACAGAGUGGAAAAACAGACAUCAAUGACACCUGCUUGCCACAGAUUUAG